GGAAUAUCGCAAGCAGCGAAGAGCAGCCCGAGCCCGACGCCGACACCCUCUCGAGCCUCUCGCACAUAUCACCAUGGAGUCCCUGCGCUAUCUUGGGUCUAUGCCCGGCCACAAAGGCUGGGUCACCGCCGUCGCGACGUCGUCGGAGAACCCCGACAUGAUCCUUACUGCCUCCCGUGAUAAGACGAUCAUCGUCUGGCAGUUGACCCGGGAUGAGGACCAGUACGGUUACCCCAAGCGCAUCCUCCACGGCCACAACCACUUCGUCUCGGACGUCGUCAUCUCCUCCGACGGCCAGUUCGCCCUCUCCUCUUCGUGGGACCACACACUCCGCCUCUGGGACCUCAACACCGGUCUCACGACGCGCCGCUUCGUCGGACACACCUCCGAUGUCCUCUCUGUCAGCUUCAGCGCUGACAACCGGCAGAUCGUCUCCGGCUCGCGCGACCGGACGAUCAAGCUCUGGAACACGCUUGGCGAGUGCAAGUACGAUAUCAAGGAGGACGGCCACCAAGAGUGGGUAUCGUGCGUGCGCUUCAGCCCUAACGUCCUGAACCCCGUCAUUGUCUCCUGCGGUUGGGACAAGGUGGUUAAGGUCUGGGAGCUCUCGAAGUUCAAGCUCAAGACCAACCACUACGGCCACACUGGCUACAUCAACACUAUCUCUGUUUCGCCCGAUGGCUCGCUGGCGGCGUCCGGCGGCAAGGACGGCAUCACGAUGCUUUGGGACCUCAACGAGGGCAAGCACCUGUACUCGCUCGAGGCGGGCGACAUCGUCAACGCCCUCGUCUUCUCGCCCAACCGCUACUGGCUCUGCGCGGCGACCGCCACUUGCAUCAAGAUCUUCGACCUUGAGAGCAAGUCGAUCGUUGACGAGCUCACCCCCGACUUCGCCCAGAGCCCCAACUCGCGGGCACCCGAGUGUGUCUCCAUCGCAUGGUCAGCGGACGGCCAGACGCUCUUCGGUGGCUUCACCGACGACCUCGUCCGUGUCUGGUCCGUGGUCUCAUAACCUGUCUCUCCUCGCAGUCGAGUUGUGCGCCGGUGAGGUUGGGCAUGUCGAUGGGAUGUGUGGCGCUGUUGUGCUGUUUAGGUGUUGUCGACUUUUGCUUCCUGUAGCAUCAAAAUUUAUGCAGCGCUCUGCAUAUGAAACACCCAUUGUAUCAUCGCAGGCUGCGUCUUCUCUCUCUCUCAAGUGCUCGACUUUGGACGACACUAGUCUGUUCAAACGCCCUCACGCACACUUUGUGAUGCCGUUCCCGAUGACGAUGAUGAGAAUCCUCUUGGUACAGUA